AUGCUCACCCUCAUAGCCACCACACUCAUUCUCACAUCCUCCACUUUUGCAACCCCUUACCCGCACCAUGUAUUCCUACGCCGGAACUCGACGGCAGGACCCUGCGACCCCUGGUCUCCCACCUGCCAACCUGUCCGGCAAUCCAACGCCUGUCUCGCGCAAUUUCUCAACCGCGCCAACACGAGUGUGAUUCUAAAGUGUGUGGAUGACGAAGAUGCCGCAAGAGCGAAAAGGGAUGAGAAUGUUGAUGUUGAGUUUAGAUUUGCGCGUGUUAUGGAUGCGAUAGCGAGUUAG